AUGGCCGCGCGCACCCAAAUAGCAGGGCCAAUUACUCUGCUGUCCGAAGAUUUAGUUGCCUUAAUCCUUAACAAGGUGACCGACCAAGACGAUAGAAACUCGUGCUCCGAGGUUUGCAAGCAAUGGUUAAGACUCGAAGGUAUAAGCCGAUCAUCACUCUUCGUUCGCAAACCCGAGUUUCCUCUAACUAUACUGAACAGGUUCCCGAAUUUAGUCCAAUUCCAAACCACCCAGCUCACCACCGACUCCGACCUCGAGUUCAUCGCCCGAACAUGUCCAAAAAUCGAGGACGUCAAGGUCGCUGACUUCACUUCACCCAAAGAAGGUUUCUUGGGUCGAAAUGGCCUGUCGGCUUUGGCAUGUGGGUGUCCCAAAUUGUCCAAAGUGUCGCUGAUCGGGGACAAGAUUGGGAAUGCCGGAGUUCUGGAGCUUGUGAAUUCUGCCCGGAGUUUGUCGUCUUUGGAAUUGGGACAUGACUUGAUCGGGGACCCGGCUCUCAGAGCAAUCGCUUCGUCUUCGAUUACGGUUCUCAAGUUGAAGAGCUGCUGCAAUGUUACCGAUCACGGAUUGGGUUGUUUGGCAACUGGGUCUACCUCGAAAACGCUCAGGAAAUUGGUGCUGAAGAUGUGUGGUAAGAUCACUGAUGAUGGGUUGAAGGAUUUGAAGAAAAUGCGGAGCUUGGAGGAGCUGACUUUGUCGUGGUGUCAGGGAGAAAUAACAGACGUUGGAGGUAUGGCAAUCUCUGCCAUUCGAAAUCUUAAAGAAUUGAAAUUGAAUGGUCUUUACGGCUUGUCAGACCUUACCGUUUCUGCUCUUGCAUUUUGCAAAAAGUUGCAAGUACUUGAUUUAAGUGGUUGUGAUGGGGUGACCGGAACUGGCAUUCGUGCAUUUUCAAGUCAUCAAGGCUUGAGACGCCUGGUGAUGCUCGGUUUGAGGAAUUUUGGUCUUGCUGAUGUAGAAAGCCUGGCGCUUGGAUGCUCGUCGUUGGAGGCUGAAUCUGUUGUGGUGGAUGAGAGUUGGAGGCAGGAUCCGACUUGGAGCGGUGAGUUGAUGCAUGAGAACACUAGAAGAGUUCUCAAGUUCUCUGUGUAUAGUUAUCACUAG